GAGCCGGCGGGGGCAGGCAGCGGCCGGGACAGGCUCAGCCUGGGCGGCCUGGAUGGUUGUGUAGGGUCCGUGGUGCCGCCUCCCGAGCAUGGCGAGCUUCCUGCUCCCGUGCGUGAUAGACGGAGGCCACCGGGUAUUGCAAUCAGAGAGUCAGCAAAAGUAGGUGACCAAGCCCAGAGGAGAGUAUUGAAGGGAGUUGAUGAUUUAGACUUUUUCAUAGGAGAUGAAGCCAUAGAUAAACCUACCUAUGCUACGAAAUGGCCCAUACGACAUGGUUUUGUUGAAGACUGGGAUCUCAUGGACAGAUUCAUGAAGCAAGUAAUUUUUAAGUAUCUUCGCGCUGAACCUGAAGAUCAUUACUUCUUAAUGACAGAACCUCCAUUGAACACUCCAGAAAACAGAGAGUAUCUUGCAGAAAUCAUGUUUGAAUCUUUUAACGUACCAGGACUUUACAUUGCUGUUCAGGCAGUGUUGGCCUUAGCCGCAUCUUGGAUUUCACGGCAGGUUGGUGAACGUACAUUAACAGGAAUAGUCAUUGACAGUGGUGAUGGAGUAACACAUGUAAUUCCUGUGGCAGAAGGUUAUGUAAUUAGAAGUUGCAUCAAACAUAUCCCUAUUGCAGAUAGAGAUAUUACAUAUUUCAUUCAGCAGAUCCUAAGGGAGAGAGAGGUGGGAAUUCGCCCUGAACAGUCUAUGGAGACAGCAAAAGCCAUAAAAGAAAAAUAUUGUUACGUUUGCCCUGACAUAGUAAAAGAAUUUGCCAAAUAUGAUAUAGAUCCACAAAAAUGGAUCAAACAGUACACAGGCAUCAAUGCAAUCAACAAAAAUAAAUUCAUUAUAGAUAUUGGCUAUGAAAGGUUUCUUGGACCUGAAAUUUUCUUUCAUCCUGAGAAUGUGGUUCUUUCAGGAGGAUCCACAAUGUUCAGGGAUUUUGGAUGUCGACUACAGAGAGACUUGAAAAGAGUAGUGAAUGCAAGAUUGAAACUUAGCGAAGAACUCAGUGGUGGUCCAAUAAAGCCCAAACUGGUUGAAGUUCAAGUGAUAAGACACCAUAUGCGCUAUGCGGUUUGGUUUGGAGGUUCCAUGCUUGCUUCAACAAGUUUUUCCAAGUAUGUCACACCAAGAAGGACUAUGAAGAAUAUGGCCCUAGUAUUUGUCAUCAUAAUCCUGUCUUUGGAGUCAUGUCAUAACACUUGUCUAAUGGAAGUCACAGGUCAGAUAUCUUGCUGGUGAAGAAACUCUUCUGAAAUGGAAGAAGGCAGCAGUUAUUGUAAAUACUGAAGCAAGAUGUGGACGUUCAUCUCUUGGAGCUUUUGGAUCUCAUAGUACACCACAUGUGGCCCAGAACCAUUUCAGUGAAAGCCAAUUAUGUGCCAACUGCCUUUAAAGCCUAUUCCUCUUUCCUUCCUAAAUCUGAGCUUCUAGGUAACAGGCAAAUCUCCAUUUAGGAGAAUGUGCAUAACAGUACUGAAGUCAGUCUAGGUGAUUAUAACAUUGUCUUACUGCCUCUGGAAAGGAAAAAGGAUUUAAGCCUUUCCCACUUAGGCUGUGAUCCUGCAAUCCAACCUCAAUAGAUGGAUCACUGUGCCUGUGUGGAGUACUAUUGACUUCAGUGGGACUCUGCAUGGGUAUAAGUGUCCACCUGCACAGAUUACAUUGCGGGAUUGGGGCCUUUCUUUGUACAUAAAUGUUCUAAACUUGGAAUACAAAUGUAGGUUUCACAUUAUUUUCAAUUUUGUGAUGUUGGGAGGGUGAAAUGACCAGUUCUAAGCACAAAGAGCUAUCCGUGGCAUGGAGUGAUGUUAUAAGUUUCCAAUUGUGAGGCAUGUAUUGGAUUUGUGCUGGUGUGUCUUGGUGCCAAAACAAAAAAAAAUCUUUUUUUUGUUUUGUCACGUGUGCUAGAAAAUGGUAUUUUGUUUGAGUGACAUGAACUUUAAGCAGUUUACUGGAUUGUUUGAGAUUUAUUACAGCCUAUGUAUUACUUUUUGUUAUGUUUGAAUUUUCUGAAGCUAUUUUAUAGACAAUUAAAUUUUGUUUUGGUGUUGGUGAGUGAUGUAUGAAAUGCUUCCUUGCACCAGUGAAAUAAAAACUGUUAAUGUCUU